AAUCAAAUCGUGUUAAAUCUGUCAAAAAAUUAAAUUUUUUCCGGCAAUAUGGACUUAUUAUGUUGUGAACGGGCUGAAUUUGAAUGUCGAGCGUAUCCGGAUCCAGUGUUAUUAAAUGAUGAACGAGUAUUACAAAAUUUAUUGAAGACUGAAGAACGUUACACACCAUCCGGUUCAUAUUUUGAAUGUGUUCAAAGGGAGUUAACGCCACAAAUGCGAAAGAUCGUGGCUGAGUGGAUGCUGGAGGUUUGUGAGGAACAAAAGUGUCAAGAGGAAGUAUUUCCACUGUCAAUGAACUAUGUAGACCGUUUCUUAGGUGUAUGUUCAAUUAGAAAAUCACAGUUACAAUUGUUAGGAACAGCAUGCCUGUUGCUCGCAUCAAAAUUACGUGAACCAAAACCAUUAUCCGCAGAGACAUUAGUGUAUUAUACGGAUAGCAGUAUCAGUUUAAAUGACCUUUGGAGAUGGGAAUUAUUAGUAUUAUCAAAAUUAAAAUGGGAUGUAUCAGCUGUAACGCCGCAAGAUUUUUUAAGGCAUAUCUUACAGCGAUUACCAAUUCAUCCAGAAACCCUUGAUUGUGAUAUGGUGUUACGUCAUGCUCAAACGUUUAUUGCAUUAUGUGCACGUGAAUUUGUAUUUUCUUUAUAUACGCCCAGCAUGAUAGCGGCGGCCUCAUUAGCAGCAGCACUUCAUGGCCUUGGUUGGACUAGUAGAGGUCGUGGAGGAUUAUCUCUGCAAAGUCUUUUGAUGGAGUUACAUCAUAUAACUGCCACAGACGAGGAUUAUUUACAAAGUUGUUUAAUGCAAAUUGAAGAUAUGGUAACGUCAACAAUAAAUGCCCGAUCUGGUUCGGGGUUAUCACAUAGCACAACAAAUUCACAAACGGCAAACCCAAACUAUCCAGCGGCCGGGGGAGUACAUCAACAAUGGUCCGAGGGUAUCACAAUGACAGCCGGACAAUCUGGCAAUGAGUCAACGUGUCCCUCGGCCGCCGCCCAAGAUAAACUACUAGAACACGAAAAAGCCGGAACACCGACCGAUGUCCGUGAUGUACAUUUUUAAAGAAAUAAUUCAGUAUGCGUGAGAAGAGCAAAUCCAAUUUGCGAUGAAAAAAAUCAUUAGUGCCUUAUUACACAUAGUCAAUAUAUAAAUAUAAUAAACUUAAUAAUUUAAAAACCCUGUCUUUAUAUACUUAAAAAUAUGUAAAAUGUAUAUUUACCUGUAUAGGGUGUGUCAGAAUGAAUGUAUUUGGAAAAUCUAGUGAUAUGUAGCUUAGAAUUGUAUUCUCUAUAUCACUGUACUUUCCAAAUACGCGGCCAUUUUGAGACACUUUAUAACACAUGAAGAAAAUUAGUGGAGAGUGCCAGUAAUGCACAUGCGUGAUGUAGCAGCAACAAAAACGUGAGACGGGGAAUUUGAAAUAUGGGGAGAAAAAAAAACAGUAGGUCCAUUAAAAAUUGAUUCAUUGAACCAAAAAAUUGUAAUUAUUUUUUUGGGGGAAGGAUCUGUAUUUCGUGGCGGGGGAAGGCAAUAAAAUACGCUUCAUUAUUGUGAAAACUAUUAAAUUAAAUAUUAAUUAUUUAGAUUAGCACUAACAAUUGGAUGAAAAUGAUAUGAAAAUAAAAGAAAAACAUA